AUGCCCGGCUGGCCCUGGGGGCUGCUGCUGACCGCGGGCACGCUCUCGGCCGCGCUGAGCCCGGGGCCGCCGGCGCCCGCCGACCCCUGCCACGACGACGGGGGCGCGCCCCGCGGCUGCGUGCCGGGCCUGGUGAACGCGGCCUUGGGCCGCGAGGUGCUGGCCUCCAGCACGUGCGGGCGGCCGGCUACGCGGGCCUGCGACGCUUCGGACCCGCGGCGGGCGCACCCCGCCGCCCUCCUGACCUCCACAGGCGGCACCGCCAACCCGGUGUGCUGGCGCUCGGACUCCCUGACUCAGGUGCCCCACAACGUGACCCUCACAGUGCCCCUGGGCAAGGCUUUUGAGCUGAUGUUCGUGAGCCUGCGCUUCUGCUCGGCGCCCCCCACUUCCCUGGCUCUGCUCAAGUCGCAGGACCACGGCCGCAGCUGGACCCCACUCGGCUUCUUCUCCUCCCACUGUGGCCUGGACUACGGCCGCCUGCCUGCGCCUGCUGAUGGCCCAGCUGGCCCGGGGCCCGAAGCCCUAUGCUUCCCCGAGCCCCAGGCCCAGCCUGACGGUGGUGGCCUGCUGGCCUUCAGUGUGCAGGACGGCAGCCCGCCAGGCCUGGAUCUGGACAGCAGCCCGGUGCUUCAAGACUGGGUGACCGCCACGGACAUUCAAGUAGUGCUCACAAGGCCUGCCGUGCUGGGAGACACCAGGGGCGCCACGGCCACAGCCCCUUACUCUUACUCAGCCACUGAGCUCCAGGUGGGCGGGCGCUGCAAGUGCAAUGGGCAUGCGUCCAGGUGCCUGCUGGACCCCCAAGGCCACCUGACCUGCGACUGCCGGCACGGCACUGAGGGCCCGGACUGCAGCCGCUGCAAGCCCUUCUACUGCGACAGGCCGUGGCAGCGGGCCACUGCCCGAGAAGCCCACGCCUGCCUUGCUUGCUCCUGCAAUGGCCAUGCCCGCCGCUGCCGCUUCAACAUGGAGCUGUACCGACUGUCUGGCCGCCGCAGCGGCGGUGUCUGCCUCAACUGCCGGCACAAUACCGCUGGCCGGCAUUGUCACUACUGCCGGGAGGGCUUCUACCGAGACCCCGGCCGUGCCCUGAGUGACCGCCGCGCCUGUAGGGCCUGUGACUGUCACCCUGUUGGUGCUGCUGGCAAAACCUGCAACCAGACCACCGGCCAGUGUCCCUGCAAGGAUGGCGUCACUGGCCUCACCUGCAACCGCUGUGCCCCUGGCUUCCAGCAGAGCCGCUCUCCGGUGGCACCCUGUGUUAAGACCCCUGUCCCUGGACCCACUGAGGAGAGCAGUCCUGUGGAGCCCCAGGACUGCGACUUGCACUGCAAACCUGCCCGUGGCAGCUACCGCAUCAGCCUGAAGAAGUUCUGCAGGAAGGACUACGCGGUGCAGGUGGCGGUGGGCGCGCGCGGCGAGGCGCGUGGCUCCUGGACGCGCUUCCCGGUGGCCGUGCUCGCGGUGUUCCGGAGCGGCGAGGAGCGCGCCCGGCGCGGGAGCAGCGCGUUGUGGGUGCCGGCGCGGGACGCCGCCUGCGGCUGCCCCCGCCUACUGCCGGGCCGCCGCUACCUGCUGCUGGGGGGCGGGCCGGGGGCCGCGGUCGGGGGCCCCGGGGGCCGGGGGCCGGGGCUCAGCGCCGCCCGCGGGAGCCUCGUGUUGCCCUGGCGGGAUGCGUGGACGAGACGCCUUCGGAGGCUGCAGCGGCGCGAGCGGCGGGGGCGCUGUGGGGCUGCCUGA